AUGAUUCGCAACUUCCUUUACAUCCUUCUCAAUCUCGUUCUCUUUUCUUCAAUUUUGAUUUCUCAGAGCUUGGCGUUAACUCGUCCACCAGAAGUGUGGGUUCUACGAGAUCUAUACCAGGCCUUGAACUACUCGAAUGCGCUCCGUGGAUGGAAUGGCAGUGAUCCUUGCGGGGAGUCUUGGACGGGUGUUACUUGUUCUGGUUCAUCAGUUAUACGCCUACAGAUUCAAGGGUUAAACCUUACUGGGAGUCUAUGCAGGCUCUAUCUUCUACGGAAUUUGAAGAAGCUUGAUGUCAGUUCAAAUAACAUAGUGGGCGAAAUGCCAUUUGGUUUACCCCCCAGUGUCACUCAUAUGAAUUUAAGCCACAAUUUCUUAAUUGGACCUAUUGGCGACGUAUUUACUGGCUUAGAUAAUCUCAAAGAAAUGGACCUUUCAUACAAUAAUUUUUCGGAAGAUCUACCAAGAUCAUUUGGCUCCCUGACAAACCUUGCUAGAUUGUUCUUGCAGAAUAACAGAUUCACUGGAUCAGUCACCUACCUGGCGGAACUUCCACUUACAGAUUUGAACAUUCAAGAUAAUCUGUUUAGUGGCCUUCUUCCACAUCAAUUUCAGAAUAUAAAAAAAUUAUGGAUUGGCGGGAAUAAAUUCCAUGCAGCGGACAACUAUCCCCCAUUGACUUCUCCUGUGGGGACAUUAUCAGUUGAGCACAAUAUUAGUCGCCCGCCCACAACUAAUACAAAUGCCAUCAAGAACUAUGCUCCUCCCAGAGUACUUGAGCACAAGCAUAAGAUGAAAAAAUUAGGCCCUGGAGGAAUUGCUUUUAUUGUUGCUGGAGGAACAGUAAUGGCUACAGGUGUGGCACUCCUCAUUGCAAUCCGGUUAAACAAACUGCAUGCUCAAAGCCGGAACUUGAAUUACUCAGAAAGCAAUGAUAUCUCUUUGCAUUCUCAUCCAACCAGUGCAAGCAUAGAGGUGUCUUCUGCUGAACUAGAUGACAAGCCACUACUCCUGCCUAUUAACGCUGCAUCUCUUUUGGGUCCAAUGAAAUUUCCUUUCCUGCACCAUAACAAUAUAGAGGAAACAUCAAGAAGAAGUUAUUCCAAAAGAGACAGAUCCACUAGAAGGACAAAAAUCUAUACCAUUGCGGAGCUUCAGCUGGCUACUAACUUCUUCAAUGAAGGCAACCUUCUGGGAGAGGGAUCUCUUGGUCCUGUUUACAAAGCUAAAUUUUCUGAUGGCAAAAUUUUGGCCGUGAAGAUCAUAAACAUGGCUGGUUUGUCUUACAGAGAAGAGGAAAUGUUCUUGGAUGUCAUUUGCACAGCUUCCAAACUGAAGCACCCCAACAUCAUACCACUCAAUGGUUACUGUUUGGAGCAUGGAGAGCAUCUUCUUGUUUAUGAUUACUUUGGAAAUUUAACUCUAUAUGAUGCUCUUCAUAGUGGAGCAUGUGAAACACUAUCGUGGACCCAGCGUCUUCGAAUUGCUCUAUAUGUUGCUCGGGCUUUGGACUAUUUGCACUCAGCAUGCUGCCCGCCUGUGGCCCAUGGUAAUUUGAAGUCUGCCAACGUUCUACUGGAUGAAAAUUUGCUGCCUCGUGUUUGUGACAGUAGCUUGGCUAUUUUGAGACCACUGACGAAGGUUCUAGCAGCUAAAGCAACUGAGACUACAAUUUCAGAGAGAGGCUACGCUCCAUCUGACCAUGGCCAAACAGGGUUCAGCAGAAGAAGAGAUGUCUUUGCCUUCGGAGUAUUGCUUCUGGAAUUGUUAACAGGAAGGAAACCUUUCGAUGGUGCCAGGCCAAGGGAAGAGCAAUAUCUGGCAAAAUGGGCUUCCCCCAGGCUUCGUGACAGCGCGAGUUUGGAACAGAUAGUAGAUCCCAGUAUGAAAACAACAAUUUCAUUCAAGGCUCUUUCUUGUUAUGCUGAUCUCAUCUCCCUCUGUAUACAGCCUUCAAAACAACUCCGUCCCCAAAUGUCUGAAGUUGUGAACUCUCUUGUAUCUUUAUACCAAAAGUUCAACUUUGCAAAGACCAGUGUAGCAGACGGUACUGAUCUAUUUGAGAAGUCUCUCCAAUCAGCCGACACACGCUUUAAAAGUUCGCCAACAUAUAGUCAUCUAUCAGCUUGA